AUGAAAACUUUCAUUGUCGUGUUGUUGCUUGCUGGCGCAAUCAGAGCUCAAAAUCUGAGAGACCAAUGUAGGGGCAUUCAGUAUGACUUGUUGCCGCACCCGGAUACCAACGAAAAAUUCAUUGUAUGCGCCUAUGAAGUAGCCGAAGUGCGUACCUGCGAUAAGGAAGAGCAAGAACAAAAGUGCUUCGAUCCCAUCCAGAAGGCCUGCAGUGUGGCUUCUUGCACAGCAACCAAGCCCGCCGACGAGGAUAUUGCCAAAGAGAUUUGCAAGAGCAUGGGCCAAUCAGAGAGAAUACCAUCGGUGGACUGCAACCAUUUCUGGAUCUGUUUAGCCCACAUGGAACCCGUCUAUGUCACCUGUCCCCAGGGCAAACACUUCUCGCGCUCCGAACAGGAGUGCAUUUCGCCAGCGCUGGCCAAGUGCCAGGCCCCAGAGAAGCUCUGCACCUCCAAUCUAAGCAGCUACGCAGCUGAAAACUGUAAUGAAUUUUACGGAUGCACCGACAACAAGCUGGUCAAGCGCAGCUGCGCAUACGGCGAGGCCUACAGCGCAGUGGCUGGCUCCUGCGUAAAGGAUAUAAACAAUAGCUGUAGAAUCUAUACCAAGCCGGACUGCGAAAACCCAGCCAAUGCCAAUGCCUAUUUCGCUCACAGCGACUGCUCCAGGUUCUACAUUUGCGUACUCAAUCAGGUCUAUGAGGGCAAGUGCGCCGAUGGCUACGGAUUUGACAGCGUCAGCUCCAAUUGCAAGUACGGCAUCUGUUAG